CCAGUUAAGUUUGCUAUUGUGACUAAAAAUGGUGCGAAAUUUGAAGACUUAGACAUAGAAGGUUUGUUAGCAGUCAAAGAAAGUUUUGACAGAAGGUUCUCAAACCUUAAAGAAGGCAAAGCAUACAAACUUGUUAUACCUUAUGAACCAAAGAAAGCAGACGACUAUGAAUAUUAUGAGUCUAAGAUAGUUGAAGUUCAAGGUAAAUUGGGUAAAAAGAUUUUAGAGUCUAAGCCAGUGUUUGCUCCUAAAGAGGAAGAGAACAUUGACAUUGACCCAGAAAUGUUCUAA